AUGGGAAAAUCAAAGACUAAGAACCAGAAAAAGUCCAGAGCAGAAGCCAACCAUGUGGCCGAGGAGACGUACCGAACCGUCCCCCACUCGUUCGUCUUCCAUCGUGGCCAAGUGGGGAAAAACGUGGCUCAGCUCAUCACGGACGUCAGGAGAGUCAUGGAGCCCUACACAGCAGAGCGUUUAAAGGUCAGGAAAAAGAAUGUCCUGAAAGACUUUGUAGCCGUAGCGGGACCCAUGGGGGUGACACACUUCAUGAUCUUCAGCAAGACGCCCAGCAGUGUCAAUAUGAGGGUAGCUCGACUCCCGAAAGGACCCAUGCUUUAUUUCAAAGUGCUCAAGUACACCUUGGUGAAAGACGUGGUCUCGUCUCUCAAGAAGCACCGAAUGCACGCGCAACAGUUUACGCACCACCCGCUGCUCAUCCUCAACAACUUCGGAUCGGACGGCAUGCACAUUAAACUCGUGGCCACAAUGUUCCAGAACAUGUUCCCCUCCAUUAAUGUGCACAAGGUGAGCCUCAACACCAUCAAGAGAUGCGUGCUGCUAAACUACAACCCGGAGACGCAGGAAAUCGAAUUCAGACACUACAGCCUGAAGGUGGUGCCGGUGGGCAUGAGCCGCGGCGUCAAGAAGCUGAUGCAAGAGAGGUUUCCCAACAUGAGCAAGUUUGAGGACAUCAGUGAACUGAUGAUCAAAGGGGCAAAUCUUUCGGAAAGCGAAGCCGAACAGGACGGCGAGCACAACAUAACAGAGCUGCCGCAGGUGUACUCGGGCCGCGGCAACAUGGCGUCUGAACAGAGCGCCAUCCGUUUGACAGAGAUCGGGCCUCGCAUGACUCUGCAGCUGACCAAAAUACAAGACGGCAUGACGGGGGGAAACAUCAUGUAUCACAGCACCAUCUCCAAGACCGAGGAGGAAAUUGAGGAGAUCCUGCAGAGGAAGGAGGCCCAGAUAAAGGCCAAAGAGGAGCGCCGGAAGAAGCAAGAGAAAAAUGUUGCUCAGAAGAAAACCCAAAGGGAGGAACACAAGAAGAAGAGCCUAGCAGGCAUCAAGAAAAAAGGCGAAGAUAAGGACCAGGACAGCGAGGUGGAAGAUCCGGGCGAGCAAGACGAUCGAGGGGCGGCAAACGUGGACUCUGAUGACGAGGCCGAAUACUACAGGCAGGCUGUGGGAGAAGAGCCAGAUGAAGAUAUGUUCCCUGGAGCAAAGAGAAGAAGAAGCAAAGACAGCCCUCGAGGACCUGCCAAAAAGAUGAGGAAGCUCUCUGGUGAGAAAACAAGCAGCAAAGAUAAAGAUGCGAAAAGAAGUGUCCUCGGAGGACGCUUCAAGGAUAAACAGGCAAAGAAAUUUGGCGACAAAGAGAAGACACCCUUUAGAAAGAAACUGUCGCCUGGAGGAAAGCCAUUCCGGAAGAAACAGAGUGAAGGGGGAAAUAAAUUUGGGGGCAAAAAGAAGUUUGAUGGCAAAAGAACUUUUGGUGGAAAGAUGAAUAAGGGUAAAGCGUUCCCAUCAAAGGGACAGAAAGGCAAAGCAGCCUUCAACAAGAAAAGCGGUGGAGGAGCGAAACAAGGCUUCAAACACAAGAAAGGAAAAGGCUGA